GGAGAGAAUAAAUACAACAAGAACUACAAAAGGCUUGCCGCAGCCGCUACAAAUUGUUACAGGAAGGACAUUGAGAGGGCUGAAUUCCAUGGUGCCACACACAAGAGAGUCUCUAAAAAGCUUGAUGAAACAGCAGGAUGACCUGGAGUACAACUUGGGACCCUUGAGGAGAGCAUGUUUCUGAAUCUGAAGUCAACUUGGGACAUUACUCAACCUUCAGGAGAAAGGUGGCAUUGCUUCUUACCUAGAAGAGAGAUUGCAAGUGAGGAAUGUAUGUUGACGGUCGUUCCUGGCGACUGAAGCGAGAAAUGUGCAGUGCAAAAGUUGGACCGUCUUCCCCCAGAGAAUAACUACCACCUAUUACUCACCUGGACUGCUAAAGGCGUAGUAAAGCUGACAACAAAGUAGAAAUGGAUGUAUUUGGCGGUGCACCGCGUUUCUUCGCCUAUCCAAGACCUGUUGUGGUCCAAACUGGAACUGAUGCAGUCCUAAAGUGUCAAAUUGGUGGUGAUCCAAGGCCUGCAGUCAUCUGGGAGAGAAACAAUGAAAAGAUUGAACCACAGGGGCGAUACAGGAUAUUUGAGGACGGAAAUGUUUACAAUCUCAUCAUUUCAGCUGUAACCAUAGAGGAUAGUGGUCAGUACAUAUGCAAAGCAAAGAACAGCAUUGGGGAAACAUAUGCAGCGGCCACAUUAAAGGUGGAGGGUGAAGCACAAGAAUUGGAGUUACGAGAGGAAAAUAAGCCACGAUUCCUCAUCAAGCCCCUCUCUACUCGCGCCGGCCGUGGGGAAGAUGCAGUUUUCUCUUGUAAGCUCUGGGGAAACCCACGACCAGACGUUGUCUGGGAAAAGGAUGGGAGAAAACUCAAUGAAAUAUUUGAAAGCACACAUUUCAGUGUGGGCUUCCAGGACGGUGGAUGGUUCCAGCUCAAGAUCUUUAAGACUCGCGCUCCAGACGGUGGUGUAUAUACGUGCAAAGCCAGGAAUGAGUUUGGAGAAGCGUUGGCAGGAGCUGUGUUGCUGGUUGAUGCAGGCCCAGGACAUGAGGACGAGGGAAAUCGAAAUAGCUACACAAAUGGCCACUGGAAAGCUCACCAAGGAAAACAGAGGAGACAAUUGCCAAACCGGCUCAAAGACGACACAAUGUCAACUAAAGUCAAAAUGUUUGCAGUGACAGAGGGUAAACAUGCCAAAUUUCGCUGCUUUGUGACUGGGAAACCCAAACCAGAAAUCAUUUGGAGGAAAGACGGCAGACUGAUACUGUCUGGAAGGCGUUAUUUGUUAUACGAGGACAGAGAAGGAUACUUCACACUUAAGGUUCUGUACUGUAAGCAGAAGGAUAAUGGAGUUUAUGUUUGUGCUGCAUCAAAUACUGCCGGGCAAACCCUCAGUGCCGUACAUCUCUCUGUAAAGGAGCCGCCUGUGAGGUUUAAGCAGCCUCUCAUUGAUCUAGAAGUAUGGGAACGAGAUUUGGCUGUUCUCGAGUGUGAAGUUCCAGAGGACUCUGUUUCCAUCACAUGGUAUCUGGAGGAUAGACGACUGCAGCCAGGGGCCAAAUAUGGAAUGGAGGAGUGGGGAACAAAACGGCGACUAACUAUCCGUGACAUUGAUGUUGACGAUGAUGGGAUCUACCUCUGUGAGAUGCCAGAUGGGGGCAGAAGCAUUGCAGAGGUAGCAGUAAAAGGGACAAUUUUGCGGAAGCUUCCAAGAAAAGUGGAUGUAUUGGAAGGCGAAAAUGCUGCCUUUUGUGUUGAAGUGGAGAAUGAAGAAAUGGACAUACAUUGGUACAAAGAUGCCCUAGAGCUACGUGAGACACAUCAGACCAUCCUUAAGUCCUUUGGUCGAACUCACAUCCUGGUUUUUGUCAAUACAAUGCCCCAAGACUCUGGCCUUGUGACUUUCCUUGUAGGCAGAUCCAAGACAUCCUCUCAGCUAAGAGUGAAAGAGGCAAGACAUUGCCCACCCAGUUGUCCAGUGAGUGUGCAGAUCAACACAGAGCGUGCCAAUGCAGCUCUUCUCUCAUGGGUUCCUCCUCAAGACUCCCGAAAGAACCCUCCAUCUGGAUAUGUACUUGAUCGACAGGAAGUGGGCACUGGUUCACAGGAGUGGUUACAGUGCCUGACCACUGACUCUGCAACCUCUGUGGAGAUCCUUGGUGACAGUGUACCAUGUGAAGCCGAUUAUCAAUUUCGCAUCUGCAGUGUAAACAAAUAUGGGAAGAGUAACACUGUGGAAUUCCCUAGAGCUGUUCAUUUGGUUCCAGUUGCCAGAAUCCAAGCUCCCUUACAGGAUGCCUUGGUGCCCGAGGGACAAGAUGCCCUCUUCUCUAUUGAGCUCUCUGCUUCAGUAAUCGGGACAUGGUUCUUAAAUGGCUCUCAGCUUCCGGAAGAUGAACGAUAUUCCAUGCGUCGUUCACGAACACACCAAUCUCUUCGCAUUCGAGGAGUACGUGAUACAGACAAUGGAGCUGAGAUCACAUUUAUUGCCUAUAGCAUUCGGGAUUCUGCUGCAUUGUACAUUCAAGCUCCACUUGUCAAGUUUUCACCAAUGUCAGAAAUGGAUCGAAACAAAUUUGUAGAAAUUGGAAACCCCAUUGUGCUCUACUGUGAGCUGUCAGACCCUGCAGUUCCAGUCCACUGGUACAAGAAUGGGGUGGAAUUACAAACAAUGGAGGGUCUGCAUAUCCAAUCCGAGGGUACCAUGAGAAGAAUUGUCAUCCAAUCAGCAGAAUUCUCACAUUCGGGAGUGUAUUGCUGUGAUGCCAUUGAUGACGUCAUCAGAUUCAAUGUGGAAGUAGAGGCCCCACCUGUGAGGUUUUCAGCAGUUCCAGAUGGUGAGAAGAACACAACCAUUGAAAUCGGCUACCCUAUUGUUUUAAGCUGUGAGCUCUCAGAUCCUUCUGCCCAAGUGCACUGGUAUAAAGAUGGAUCAAAGCUCCAUCCUCAAACUGGAGUAGAUAUUCUAACUGAAGGCUUGGCAAGAAAACUGAUUGUCCAUUCAGCAGAAUUGUUCCAUUCUGGAUUAUACUGCUGCAAGACAAAGGGUGACACCAUCUCGUUCAGUGUGGACAUCAAAGCUCCACCUGUGAAGUUCUCAGCAAUUCCCGAAGAAAUGAGGACGAGGUCGAUCGAAGCAGGCUGCCCUAUUGUACUCCAGUGUGUGGUGUCGGAUCCUGAGGCCCAUGUUUGCUGGUACAAGGAUGAAACUCAGCUCAUUUCAAACUCUGGAUUAGAAAUCCAGUCAGAGGGCAACACAAGAACAUUAGUUGUUCAGUCUGCAGAGCUGAGCAACUCUGGUGUGUACAGAUGCACCACAAAGGAUGAUACCAUGGAGUUUCAAGUGGAGAUCAAAGCUCCACUUCUGAAGUUCUCAGCUUUAUCUGAGGGUGACCAGAAAAAGACGGUCAUGACGGGCUCUCCCAUUGCACUACAAUGUGAGCUGUCAGACCCCACUGGACAAGUCAGUUGGUUCAAGGAUGGAACAAAGCUCCUACCUCAAAAUGGAGUAGACAUCCAGUCAGAGGGAAAUGUCAGGGGUCUAGUUGUCCCAUCAGCAGAGCGGGCUCACACUGGCAUAUACCGCUGCGAGUCAAAGGAUGAUGACAUCCAGUUUGCUGUGGAAGUAAAAGCACUACCUUUGAAGUUCUCAGAGCUUCAAGAGACGGACAAGAGCAAGUACGUCCAAGAAGGUUCUCCCAUUGUCCUCAGCUGUGAACUCUCUCAUGAUGCCUCUGCCCAUGUGGAUUGGUACAAGGAUGGAAUGAAACUCCUACCACAAAACAAUAUGGAACUACAGUCAGAUGGUCAAACAAGAACUCUACUCAUCCACUCAGCUGAACAUAUACACUGUGGCACCUAUGAAUGCUCAACUUCAGAUGACACCAUCACAUUUAAAGUGGACGUAGAAGGCCGAUCGCCAAAGAUCAUGCCAAUCCCCCUGUCAGAAAAAUACAAGAUGAUUACAAUGGGUGGUCAAAUUGUCCUUCAGUGUGAGGUCUCAGACCCUGUCGCCCAGGUUUCCUGGUUUAAAGAUGAGGUUGAGCUUUUUUGCAAAACUGGCCUUGAUAUGAAAAGAGAUGGCAGUCAGAGAAAAUUAAUGAUCCAUUCUGCUAAGGUCUCUGACUCUGGUCUCUACAGCUGUAGCCUCGCUGAUGAUGUUGUGACAUUCCAGGUGGACGUUGAAGCCUCUCCUGUGAGGUUUUCAGCACUUCCAGAUGUUGCAAGAAACACAUUUGUUGAAGCAGGAUGCCCACUUAAGCUGCAGUGUGAAGUUUCAGAGCCAGCUGCGCAAGUCUAUUGGCACAAGAAUAGAAAACAGCUACCUCCAAAGAGUGACUGUGAAAUCCAAACAAAAGAAAAACUCAGAGCGUUGGUUAUUGCAUCAGCAGAUGUCAGACACUCUGGGGUGUACAGCUGUGAGGCCGCAGAUGACCAUAUAGAAUUCAAGGUGGAUGUUGCAGCUGUUCCAGAGACUGAGAGGAGCAAAUCUGUUGAAGCAGGCAGCCCGAUCAAUCUGCAGUGUGAGACCUCAGACCCCACAAGCCAGACCGGCUGGUGUGAGGAUGGAAUAAAACUCUCACGGAAAUCGGGAAUAAACAUCGAAUCAGAGGGCAAUAAGAGGACACUUAUCAAGUCUGCAUCUUCUUCAUGCUCUGGAGGUUACAGUUAUAAAACUGAUGAUGAUUCAGAUUUCAACGAUUUCUAUGAGGAGGUUAAAGAGUCACCGGUAACGUUUGCUGAAAUCCCAGAGGAGGACCUUUUCAAGAGUGUUGUGGAACAAGAACAGCUUGUUUUGUCAUGUGAAGUAUCAAGGGCUGGCGGUGUUGUCCAGUGGUACAAAGAUGGAGCUCAAAUGCAACCAUGCGACAAUAUCACAAUGCAAGUAGAGGACACCAAAAGGAACCUGACAAUACAUGCAGCCCAACCGUCCGAUACAGGCACAUACACAUGCCGUGCAGGAGACAACAUUCUAAUGUACAAGGUUAACAUACGAGAACCUCCGGUAAUGAUUAUCCACCCCAAGGAAGAUGUUCACCUUGACCGUCAUGUCCCCGAGGAAAUUAUUCUGAGCUGCGAAUUGUCUCGUGCAAAUGGUGUUGUCAGCUGGUACAAAGACGGACAAAAGCUGCAAGAGAGUGAGAACAUCAAGCUCAAGAUUGAAGGCCCUUAUCGACGACUGAAGAUCAUUUCUAGUGGAGUAGAAGAUUCUGGAGAAUACGUCUGUGACACAGCCGACGCUUCAAUAUUCUUUCAUCUUAGUAUUACAGAACCUCCAGUGCGGAUUGUUUCCCCGAGUCAGUCUCAAAUGGAACUGUGCCAACAGACCUCUGAGAGGAUGGUAUUGAGCUGUGAAAUCUCACGGACCAAUGCAGUAGUGCGCUGGUAUCGAGACGGUCUUGAAGUGGAGGAGAAUGAGAACCUUAUCCUAGAAGUGGAUGGUGUCUACAGAAGACUUAUUAUACCAGAAACUACUGUCCAAGAUUCUGCCGAAUAUGUCUGUGACACUGCAGAUGACUCCAUGACGUUCUUUGUGAACAUAGCAGAGGCUCCUGUUCGUUUUGUACGUCCGAGGAAGAUGGCAGGUAGAGUAGACAAAGUGGUUGGGGAGACUCUGGUUCUAGACUGCGAGGUUUCAAGAUCAAAUGCUGAAGUCACCUGGAAGAAGAAUGGGGAAGAAGUAGAAGACUCCAGAAAUAUCACCAUCCUUGAGGAUGGUGUCAUGCGUCAGUUAACUGUUCACUCACUAACAAUGGAAGAUGCUGGCCAAUAUGUGUGCGAUGCUAAGGAUGAUGUGAUGGAUUUCCAUGUAGAAGUGCAAGAAUUGCCUGUAAAAAUUAUUGGAAAAACGGACACAAAAACUGAAAAGCAGUUCUUGGUAUCAGAUGAUAUUAUUCUAGUGUGUGAACUAUCAAGAUCGAAUGCCUCAGUCAGUUGGUACAAAGCUAAUCAGCUAGUUGAUGACACCGAGCGAUACUGUAGUGAAGAGCAAGGGGUUUUCCGCUCGCUGGUUGUCCUUAAUGCUGGACUUGAAGAUUCAGGAGAGUACACCUGUGAUGCAGUGGAUGAUAAGAUGGUCUUUUAUAUCACUGUCAAAGAGCCUCAAGUAUCAAUCAUCGGAAACUCAGGCCACCCGGAGCAUCAUAUGCUGGUAGAAGGAGAUGACCUCAUUUUAGAGUGUGAAGUAUCUCGGCCAAACGCAACCGUCCAGUGGUUAUGGAAUGGCGAGAUACUGAAACCAGACACUCGUAUACAAAUUGACAGCCAUGAUGUUGUACGGAAGCUUGUUCUCACUGGACUCCAGCCCUCAGACUCUGGAGAAUACAUUUGUGAUGCCAUGGAUGACAAAUUGACAACGAUUGUUGAGGUUCAAGAACUACCAGUCAAGUUUGAGAAUAAAAAACCAGCUAGUAACAUCACAGCCAAUGAAAAUGAGAGUGUUACGCUGUGUGCCACUGUGAGCCGAGAAAUAACUAAUGUUCGGUGGCUGAAAGAUGGCCAACUAUUGAACAGGGACAACAUUCACAUCUCCAGUGAGGGUAAUACCUACAAGCUCACCAUUAAUCCCCUGCAGCUGUCAGAUUCUGGAGAAUAUGUCUGUGACAUUAACACAGAUCAGAUGCAGUUCAGUCUUUUAGUCAAAGGAAUGAAAAUGACAUUUACCAAACCAUUGGAGAACAUUGUGUCUCUGAAAGGUAGUAUACUUAUAUUACGAUGUGAGAUCAGCAAGCCUAAAGGAGAUGUCCAGUGGCUUAAAGAUGGCCACGAGAUCUCUCCAAGCCGUCGGCACACAAUAAGGGCACAAGGUCGAGAGCGAAGCUUUACCAUCCAGCAACUAGAGGAAGAAGAUGCUGGAGAAUAUGCCUGCGAAUCCACAGAUGACAGGACCUCAGCUACUGUAAAUGUACAAACUCCCCGUGUUGUUGAGUUCAUUGCGGAGCUUUGUAACAUCACUGUCCGUGAAGGAGAAGAUGCAGUAUUUAAGUGUGUGGUUUCACCAGAGGACACUCGCUUGGUGUGGCGCCUAAAUGGCAAGCAAGUAGCUCCAAAUGAGCGCACUGUCAUUUCAAGUAACGGACUAUGCCACAUGCUCUGCAUCCACAACUGCAUGGUAUCAGAUAGCGGCAGAGUAACAGCUGAUGCAGAGGGGACAGUUUCAGAGGCAGAACUCCAGAUCCAAGAGCAACAGGUGCUGUUCACCAAGAAAAUGACGCCAGUUGUCGCUGAAGAGUACAGUGAGGCAACUCUAGAGGUGGAGGUAGGUCUGGAUUCGGGAGAGGUGCAGUGGAUGAGGCAAGGGGUACUGAUCCACCCUGGAGCCAAGAAUACCCUGAAACACAAGGGCCGCAAACACAGUCUCACCAUCCACAGACUUGCCAUUUCUGACCGGGGCAGCUACAGCUGUGAGACCCUCCACGACCGCACGCAAGCCCAGCUCACAGUGGAACCUCGAAGGAUCAAAAUCAAGAGAGGGCUGACCGACAUUAAAACAACAGAGAGAGAAACUGCCUCUUUUGAGGUGGAGCUCUCUCAUUCCAAUGUACCCGGUACCUGGAUGAGAAACACAAUCAAGCUUAAGCCGACAAAUCACUAUCGUAUGAGUGCCAAAGGACAAGUCCACAGCCUCACCAUCUAUAACCUGUCGGUAGAAGACACCGGCACCUUUACAUUCUCUGUGGAGAAUUUGAAGACGACUGCAAGGCUUGUUGUGAAGGAGCCCCCUGUGACCAUUUUCAGAAAACUGGAAGACCAGAAAUUCCCUGAUGGGGCAGUAAUCUCUAUUGAGUGUGAACUGUCAAGACACAAUGUUGAUGUGAAGUGGAUGAAGAACGGGGUUGAGCUAAAGCCGGGCAAGGAAUUGCGCAUUUACUCAAUGGGAAGGAAACGGUUUCUUCAGAUCAUGAAAUGUCACGUCAGUGACUCUGGCAUUUACACCUGCGAUGCUGGAGAUACUACUACAUCCUGCACUGUAGAGGUGUAUGAGCGUGAGCUGCUGAUCCUGAAGCGCCUACAGGACGUGGACAUCCAGGAAGACCAGAAUGCCGUGUUUGUUUGUGAGAUCUCAGUGGAGGACCUGCAAGGAGAAUGGUACAAAAACGGGGAGAGGAUUCAACCCACCAGCACCAUCAAGCUCCGGCAGGAAGGGACCAAACAUUUUCUUCUGAUGUGUAAUGUGAAAGCAGAGGACUCUGGAGAGAUCAAGUUUGUCACCAGACACGUUGAAUCUGUUGCCCGUCUGGAGGUGGAAGAGCUUCCGGUCAACAUUGUGAAGCCUUUAGAGGAUACAACCGCCCUGGAGAAGACGCGUGUUCUGCUCGACUGCACCGUGUCCAACCCCAGAUGUAGCAUCCGCUGGUACAAAGGCAGCAACGUUAUCCUGCCCUCUGAACGCUUCGAGAUCUGCAGCGAGGGCUGCUACCGCAAACUGAUCAUGCAGCAGGUGGCGCUGGAUGAUGCGGGCACAUACAGUGUGCAGGUUGGAGAGUAUACAUGCUCUGCAAAACUCACAGUGGAGGCCCAGCCACAGCUGCUGGUCCGAGAGCUGCAGGAUGUGGAGGUGAAGACCCCCGGGGAGGCCUGCUUUGAGUGUGAGGUCUCCGUCCCCGUCCUCAAAGCUCCGCUGUGGACUCUGAACGGGGAGCCACUGCUGCCCAGCGCUCAGGUCCUGCUGGAGCAGAUGGGCACGGUGCACAGGCUGACCCUCACACACACCUCCCCCAGCAUGGGGGGGGAGGUGGAGUUCACCUCCGGGAGAGCAAAGAGCAGAGCCCAGCUGCGGGUGAUCAGUGAGCCAUGAGUGACUUCUUCAAUCUUUCAUCACUUUAUUGACAUGGACUGAAUAUUAUGAAAGGCUUUUAACAUUGUAACAUUGACAUUUACUUAUAUAUUUAACAACAGUAUGUCUAUACAAGUGGUUUAAACAGGGUUGUGAUGGAUUUUCAUGAAGUUUUCAGUUAAUGUUAUAGUCGUCUUUAUGACUGUUCAUAUAAAAGUCGUCAUAGUAAAGUGUGAAUGUAUUUGAAGCAAUGCCGUUAUCAUAAUAGAAAGUUUGGAUGUAAAUAUUGUCCCAUGUUAUAGAGGUUUCAUCUGUGUUGUUUUGCUGAAAAAUAUAUAAUUGUAAUAUAUAUAUUGUUAGAAUAAAUGGAAGGAUGGAUAUUCUAAGUGAAGAGUUCUAGAUAGUUUUUAUUAAAUAUCUAAAAUUGUAGAAUUACACACUUAAUGUGCAUGUGGUCCUUGAAUUUUAAGAUAUUUACAAUUUUUUAAUUAACUUGUUUUGCUCCAGAAGCUAUUUUGGUCCAUUGACAAAUAUUUAGAACCUUAGUUUAUUAUAAAAUAUAUUCUGAUCUGCACUCAGUGUGUACCAGAUUAUAUUUCAAUGGUGUUGUGUGGCUGUUUUGACAGUGACCUAGAUUUGAAGUCUUCAGUAUUACAACAAAGAAAAUAAAAAGUUAGUAUAUUACAGCCAUGUAUUCAUAUCAUCAUCAUAUCAUCAGAAUACGGAAGAGGAUUAGGGCCACAUGUUUCAACCAUUUUGAAAUAUGACAAAAAGUUUACAUUUUCUUUGAGUUCUGAGAUUUAAGUCAGAGUUCUGACCUUGAUCCCAGAAUUGUCACGUUUUACUCAGAAUUCUGACUUUUUCCUUCGAAUUCAAUUUUUUUUUAAACUUUUUGUGAGAAAAAUAAAUGUCAUGUUGUCCUAAUCCUCUCCCAUAGGAUCGAUUAAAUACAAAAUAUCUUUCAUCGUUUAUACAUUGUAUAGAAAUCGUUUUUUAAUGUUUUGAUGAAAAGUUCGAAUGAAGAGAAUGAUGUCUUGCAGCAAAGGGCUUGUAAUGUAAAUACAUUGGGCCAAAAAUCAGGUAAUUUAGAAGAGAAAUAGAUCAGAAAAUUACUUGAUAAACUUGAUUGAUAAUCAGGGAAUGCUAGUUUUAUUAUGGAGUGGGUAUAAUAUUUCAACUUAGCCAAGAAUGAUAGUUUUCAUAUAAAAUGUGUUCCAUAUUCCAUUUGCCUUGUUUCCACCUCCGCCAUGUUGUGUUUGAGAUGUGAGAGAAAAAAAACUACUGUAGUGAAAUAUGACCUGUUUCAAUAAAACAUGCUUUAUUGAUGCAAGGUAAAAAUA